AUGGCUAGACUUGAAAAGCAGAUAGGGAGUCGGCUGAAUAACUUUGAACAAGUUGUAGGGAAGGUAGCUGAGGCUGUAAACGUUGACGCCAAGAUGUAUACGUCUCACGACCACCCCUUCACAGAGAACAUCAUUCAGGUGCCAUUGCCUGAUAAAUACAAGACGCCGCUUAUCCCACUAUAUGAUGGAAGGAGUGACCCAGAUGACCACCUAGAAGUCUACACGGGGCACAUGGUCCUAUAUGGAUACCCCGAGGAGGUCAUGUGCUGUGCAUUCAGAAAUCAUCUCUUUGACUCUGCCAGGAGAUGGUUCAGGUCCUUAAAACUGAACUCUAUAACCAGCUGGGACGACUUGAAAAACGCCUUCCUGACUCAGUUCAUAGGUGUCAAGAGGUACAUCCCACCAAAGCAAAGCCUCUCGAAGGUGGCUGCCGCCGAAGGGAUCUCCGAUGAGAUAGCCUUGAUGGGGGCCCUAUCAAGCAUGAAGAAGGAUAUCCCAUACAACACAGACCUCGAUCGAAAACUGCCCCAGAGCUACCAAGAAUUCCUGGCAAGGGCCCAGGGAUUCAUUAACAUAGAAGAUGCCAAAAAGGCCUUAAAGAGCAAAGUGGGAUUGAAGACGUCUAUCAAAGAAGGGGGGGGCCAGCGGAGCCAGCAAAACAACGACAAGAAGCGCCGAGGUAAUCCUCAGGUGCAGGCUGAACCAAGGUAUAACCCGACCCCAAACAAUAAGGGUGGCAACGCCUCGACAGGGCAUGGGGACACCAGGCCUGCCAAGCCACAAAAGUAUGAUGCCUACACCCUAUUAACCAUAGGGAUUGAAGACGUCUAUCACGAGAUCAGUCACCUCCAGGUACUGUGUCACCCACCGCCGCUGAAGUCUGACCCAGCACGGAGAAAGCAGAACAAGUAUUGUAGGUUUCAUAGCGAGAGUGGACACACGACCAAUGAAUGUUUUGACCUAAGGGGUGAGGUUGAGAGGUUGAUCCGUGAAGGGAGGCUCAGUAAGUACCGAGCCGACCGACGGGGCAACAAUAAUCGGAGGAACAACGACCGACAGGAGGAUCAAAGGCAAGACUAA